AAAGGGGACAUCUCAUCACGACUCUUGGUACCAGGCACUUCUCCGUAGUGGGCACUCCACUCAUCGUGUCGUCUACGGGUUCGCGAGGCUGUGGGCCGCCCGGGCGAGCGAGCGAGCGAACGCUGGUCGAGUGGGUCUAAGCGGCCGUGAGGACCUCUCCAGGAACCCAACAGUCCUUCAUUCAUUCAUUCAUCCAUCCAUCCAACCAUCCAUCCAUCCAUAGAGCCGCUCCUCUCUCUGGAGAGAGUGUAUCCUCGACAGUAGAGGCGAAGUAGAGUGUACAUCUACCAUCUAUCGGCAGAGUCCAAGGACUCGAAGACUCCCGGGUGAUUUCAGUCGGCCGCCGGCCGGCUGCCGGCCACUCCUCCGACGCACGUGUUUUACUGGGUGCUUUUUUUCUUUGCACAUCCGUGAUCUUCGGUUCGACAACGCGGAAUCAUUAUUACGGGUAUCGACGGAUCUGCGACCUCUUGGACUGAGAUGAGGUCCGACUCUCACCUACACCGGAAAUCACCUCGCGAGCGCGAUCCAUUCGCCAACGCUCGAACGAUCCUACCCAGUGUUUCUACGUCGCUUGUUCGGCUCCCAGUGCUACUUCCGGAGAAUAGGAAGAAAAUCCGAGAGUGAAGGUUUUAUUUGGUGUGACUGAAACGUCAGUAAAUACAAACACUGCUGCUAAGAAUUGUGUUAUUAUUCACUGUGAAAAUGAAUGCUGUGAAAUUUGUGCUCUAGUUACAUUCUCUGGUUAUUUUUAUGACAGCCUGGUCAGAUCUAUUUGGUACGCCUGAUCUUACGUCGCUGAGUGAGUUAAAUAUUUGACAAGUUAGUAAUGGUGACUGUCAGUGGUGUUUACGUUUAGUGAUGCAUCCACAUAAAAAUUGUCAAGAUAUUUGCGUGAUUAAAUCUCGAAAUUUGGUGCCCUAAUAAUCUCUUUACUCCAUGGAAAUCUUGUGAAUACCUGGGACAAUGCGUAUAUCACUUACUCAAGAAAUUCGUGUAAGAGUGCAAUCAUAACAUUUAUACGGAAUGAAUCCCACAGUAUUCCAAUGAACGAUUACGGAAGACUGAUGAUUGAAGAAUAAAAGAGCAGUGAAAUAAAAACACCCGUAAAAUCUCCGUUUCUUUGUUUCCGUAAAGAAACGCAAUUCAGUCGUGAUUUCCUCAGCUCAAACAGAAUCAAGAGAAUCGAGGCAACGACGAGGCUCAACGCAAAACCAUGUCACCAGGUCGGUGCGACUAGUGGUGCGUGAUUAAACGAAUAAUCCAAAGGAAGAACGAGACACGAGAUAAAAUCCAGCUGAGAUGAGUGGCGGCAGUGGAGGCCAAGGUGGUAACAAUGCCGCUAGUUACCACCAGCACCAACAGCAACAACAACAACAACAACAACAGCAAACACAGCUGGAACAGGCCGGUCUUCUACCAGACCUAAACGGCGUCGACCUGGCAAUGAGUUUAUCCCCAAAGCAGCAUUCCUCCCACGUGCAGGCCGGGGGUGGGGCCCAUACGACCCCCUUCAGUGUGACCGACAUUCUCUCGCCGAUCGAGGAAUCGUACCGUAAACUCGAGUUGGCAGCAGCCGCGGCGGCCGUCGGCGUCGGCGUCGUGACGCAUCCCCAAAGUUCGCCGUACGCGAACGCCUGCGGCGGAAGGGUGGGUGGCAACACGGGUAGCAGCAGUGCCAGCAGUGGUAGCCCGCCACUUCAUGGCGGUUCGACUCCUGGGGGUAGCACCCCGGGGCCCGUAUCCGGUGCGAAUGGCGGUGGCGGUGCCGGUGGUGGUGGUGCUGGUAGUGGUUCUGGUGCUGGUGGUGGUGGUGGUGUCGGUGGUAUGAGUGCUAUGGGCAAUCCUUACGCGACCAUGCAGCUUACUUCACAGUAUCAAUAUUGCGCGGCAGAACUUUCGCCCUACCAUCAUGCAGGACCUGGUGUUGGAGGUGGUGCAACCGCCUCGGAUCCCAUGCGUUCCCAUGCUGUUUCGUCCCACCAUCAUCCAUGGUAUGCGCCCGCGCCGCCGACUACCAACGACCCGAGAUUUGCUAGUUUUGCAGUCUCGCGGUUGAUGGGCGCUGCGGCGGCGGGCGCCGGGACCAACAUGGCCGGCUGCUCGGUGGGCCAGUCGAUGGGCGACGUGACCAAGUCUUCGGGUAUGGGCGUCGGCGUGGGCGUCGGCGUAGGCGUCGGCAUGGGCGUCGGAGCGAUGCAAUUUCCCUUAGCGCAGAGACGAAAACGCAGAGUUCUUUUUACUCAGGCCCAAGUUUACGAGCUCGAAAGGAGAUUCAAGCAGCAGAAAUACCUCAGCGCACCGGAACGCGAGCAUCUUGCGUCGCUCAUUCACCUUACACCGACCCAAGUGAAGAUCUGGUUCCAGAAUCACCGGUACAAGUGUAAGCGGCAAGCCAAGGAGAAGGCAAUGGCUGAACAGAAUGCACAGAACCAGAGUGCGAGCUCACCAAGACGCGUGGCAGUACCGGUACUGGUGAAGGAUGGCAAGCCUUGCGGCAGUGGCGGGGGUGGCGGCAACGAGGGCAGUCGCGGUGGUCCAAGUGCAGCCCUCGCUAGUCCAGCACCCCAUAUGACCGCAGCAUCCAGUCCUCAUGGUUCCCAUCACGCCGCUGCGGUCUCGCAUCACUCCGUCGUUGGUGUCAGCCACGUGAUGACCUCCAGCCAGAGCCUUCAGCAUUGCUCCUAUACCAGGACCGGGGCUCAGCAGGGCAUGCAGCAACAGCAGCAACCCCAAUGCGGCGCUUACCUUCCGCUACAGGGUAGGGCUUGGUAGUGCGCGCCAUCCGCGGCGGGGGCCGCGGCCUACGCCAAUCCCUCCGUCGCCGGCCCAUGGGCCCUCGCCGCGGAUCCGGCUGCCUGGUACGCCAUACCCGAUGACAGCCCUUAGGGCCUAUCGUACGCUCGAGGAUUCACGUCGCUGGAAAUCGGCUUACGUUUUGUCCGCGGAGGUUCUUGCGUUUCUCCUCCUGUGGAUUUUCAUUGGCGGCGGUACCACGGUGCACCAAAGAUAUUGCGUACGCGAUAGCGCUACGGGAACGCGUAUACGUAUACAUUAAGGACGAUCUGUAAAAUUGCGACACGGCCACGUAUAAUUGUUAUUUCAUACGUGUUAAGAGAAAAAUGUAAAUGUAUGUUUUUUUUUUUUUUUUUAUAUAACCGAUUUCACAGACUGUCUUGAAAUACUUUGUUCGUUGAAGUAUCGCGUAAUUAUUGUUACGUAUCGUUGUGCUUGUUACGUAACAGUUAAAUUGUCUUACGGUUAAUUUGCUGGGAAAAAAUGUUUUUUAUCUGGGACGAAGUACUUUUUAUUAUGCCACUGACGUGUCUCGUCGAUAUAGACGUGCUUGGUAUGAAAUUUUAUCGUGGCGCAUCGGCAAGCUCAACCGGAAACUGUAAAUAGAAUUUUAGCGGUUUAACUAGAUUUAGUCCUGAAUUCGCUGAGUUUUUCUCGCGAGUGGUUUUUAUUUAUCCUAUGAUGGAUGAUGCAAAUAUUCAACUUUUUUUUUUAUUUGUCCUAUGAUCAACGCAAGUAUUCAACGUAGCCGAUAAAAAUUCCUAAUCGCGGGACAAGCUUUGUCCGUGAAUCUAGAGGCAACGGGUGCCGCGAAAUGGCGGUAAAAUUGAAAAUACGCGAAAAUCAGUUUACGAUAAUUAAUAGCGAGCCAAUGGCGUAGGGUAGAAAUGUGUGUAAAGUCUAAAAAAAUUUAUCACGACAUACGAAAAAGGAGGUUUCGGUCUCCUUUGCGUUUCCGAUUGAGCUCCGAAAGGAAGGAACUCGCGAAUUUACAGAAAUCGCAUGAAAAUCGAAUGUGUAAAGAAAAAUCGAUCGGCUGCGUGUCAAUAAAUAAAAACAAUCGUGCGAUCCAAUCGGAGUCAUAGAAACGAAGAUACAGUAGGUCUAACCUGUACAUAUUUAUAGGACAGGAAAAGCCGCGUAUACAGUAGGUAUACAGGGAUAGACAAGAUGAGUGCAUCAGCCGAGGGAGACUCCGUCGCGAAGAUGGAAAAUAGACGUGUUAAUUUCAGUUGGUGCCAAUGUUCUUGAGUAACCCUGUAUAUUGUAAGAUCGAGUCGAUCGAACUCGGAUUUAUAUUUUCUUGCCUGGAUAAACAUUUUAAGGGAUGUUCGUCGGGAUUGAGAGGGAUGACGAACGUGUUACAAUCCACGUGAAUUUACACGUGGAUUGCAUCACGCUUACAAGCCCGAUGGACAUCGGAAAGAAAGAAAGACUCGCGCUCUGUGAUAGCGAGAGUAUAAUCAUGGAAGGAUAACGAGAGUGGGAGUGAGAGGAGUGGAUAUUGAGCGAGAGAGAGAGAGAGGGGGGUAAAAAGAAAACGCGCGCACACCCACAGGAAAUAUGUAAAUAAUACCUACAAACAAAAAUACGGUCACCAACUGGAGACGGUAUAUAGGUUAGGGUUACGUUGUUCUCAUCGUGCCAACGAAUUUCUAAGGUUUCGAGGCGAUGUUAUAUAUAUAAAUCUACGUAACGUUAGAGAAUGAACAUUAUUAAUAUUAAUAUAAUGAUAAAAAGUAUAUGAUCGAUAGCGAGUAGCGUGUGAGGGUGAACAAAAAGACAAAAAAAAAGAGGCAGAAUAAAAAUGUAGAGAU